UUAGGCAGAUGUCACUGUUUUGUUAUUGAGAAAAUGUCGUCGGCAGGUAGAAGAGGGAAAUAUAAUCUUAGAAGCCCUGGAUAACAAACAAAAAUGAAGAAGAAAAAGUUUAAGUUUGACGUGAACUUCAAGUUAAACCAGCUGACGAGUGUGCCUUUCGUGAGCGGAGUUCUGUUCGCUAAAAUGAGAUUACUGGAAGGUGGAAAUUUUACGAGCUUUUCAACGAGGGAGGAAGUCGGGAACCAUUGCGUAAAGUGGAGAAACGACGUCACUUUUCCAUGCAAAAUGACAGCGAAUGUCUCUACGGGAGUUUUAGAUGCAUGUAACUACCGAGUGUCCAUUCGUAAGGAAACCAAAGGGGGCAAGGGUCACAUCAAGCUUGGGUUUGUGGAUGUGAACUUGGCAGAGUUUGCUGGAUCAGCUUCAACUGUAAAGCGAUAUAUUCUUGAAGGAUAUGAAAACAAGACUUUGCGCCAGGACAACUCUAUUCUUGAGGUUGAAAUCAGUAUGCAGCUCACAUCUGGAGAUCCACUUUUUAAAGUGCCAUAUUCGCCAUCACACAAUCAAGCCAUAACUGAAACAGCAGAAAACAGAGCACCACCCUCUGAUCAUGACUCAGUCAAUGACACACCAGAAGGAGCUGAGGCAAGUAAAUCAGUCCUCAGCAGCAGCCAAGAAAGCACAUCAGAAAAUCAGGAAACUGCAGGCAGUGAUCCUGACAAAGUGAAUUUCAUUCCUGGGCAUUCACGGAGCUUCAGCGAACCAGCUUGUGGAGGCAGUAGCCAUGUCAGGAGCACCAGCACACUGUCACGGAUAUCCGGGUAUUCAACUGGUCAUUCUUUUUCAUCCAGCUUGGAUGGCAGAUCUAGUAGGAGGAAACAAAGUUCAGGGUCUGGGAAAGGCAGGAACUCAGGCUCUGAUGAUACAGCAUUUUGUGGCUCUGAGCAAACACUCUCACCAGCUCCUGAGAGACAAGGCAAGAGAAUAAGUUGGAAGAAACCGGAUGACCAAAGAUCAAGCCACAGCAGAGUUAAUGCAGAUGAUGUCAUUGAACAAAUUUUUAAUGGGCACAAUUUUUCAGGUGAUGAAAAUCCAUCAGGUGAUGAACUGCAAGGUAACCAGUUGUCAAUGUUUCUCACAAAAGACGGCACAUUGAAUAUUCCUGGAGGAUACAGCAGACCUAUUCCAGAAGACAAGUACCGGACAUUGUAAAAUUUGAUACCUCCACAAGAAUAUUCCACAACCUGGGAAGCCUAUACAUCAAUCUUCUGUCGUUACUACACAUAAUUCCAUUUGUAGAGAGCUUUCAUGAGAACAUAUUCUUAGAAGUACUUUAUGCAUGUACAUGAUAGGUUAACUCUAAGUAAGAAUUUUUUACAAAUGCAUGUGUGUAGUAUACUUCAUGGCAUAACACGUAAGAUAAACCAUUCUAAUUAAUUGCUUGUUACAGUUUUUUUCACACUGCCCCAAUAACAUGGUUUAGUAAGUCGUCAGUGCCUGUGCAUGUGGUGUAUGUUUUGUGUUGGGUGUUUAUUAUUGCAAAGUAAUUUCUUUUUCUUACAUGUAGCAAAACAUCUGCUGAAGGUCUCAUCAAAUCAGUGACAUGUCUUCCAAUAUGCAACUUUUUCUUUCAUUUUGUUUUCACAGUAGAUUUUUUGCUUGUCUUGUUUUGGGAGCAUUUUCCACUUUCUGUGCUAUCAUGAAACAGUGUUUUGAUACCUUACAUAGUUUGUUGACAACUUUCAAAUUUUGAUUUCUCAAAUGAAGUAGAUUUGUUCUUUACACAUAAUUUGCAUUGAAUGAAUGGGGUGUGGUCUGCUGAUUUUCUAAUAAUAAUCACUUACUGAUUCGAUAAUUAUGCAAUGGUUUUAUUUUUAUUUCAGUCAGUCACGUUAGUUUAAUCAAGUUUGUAGCUUUUGUUCCAAACAAAGGCUGACAAAAGCACUUACCAAAGAAUAUAGGUUUCCUUUUACAAGUAAAUCAGACAAAAACAUAAAGAACAGUGAACAUUCAAGCAGGUUUCUUGAUAACAGUUUGCCAUAGUGCCCUGGGGGCACUUGGUUACUGAUCUUGUUUUUUAUGUUAACCUUAGUUUUGAAGUUAAGCAUAGGUUGGAGGGAAAAGUUUUGGAGUGAAAUGUAGUGCAUGUGAAGGUCAGCCCAGAUUAUUUGUAAGCCCCCUUGCUUAAAAUUUAAGGAAAUGUCUUCCUACAAAAUUCUCGUGCCACGGGAGAUGUCAAACAGUGGAGUGUAAUAGUGUAUUCUGCCACUGAGUAGCUUGGCUAAUUAGUUAAUGUUACCUUCCAGCACACAGGAUUCUUCCCAUAAUUUACUGUAUUUUUUAGGGGGUUGUUUUAGUUUGGAAUUUUUUUACUGGAAUCUCAUAAUAUUAAUAUUAGGUAGAACUUUUUCAGAUGCUUAUUUGACUUUGAAUUGUUCAAGUUCGUGUGUAAUUUAUUUCUCAAUUAUGGUGUUGAAUGCUUCUUGCAAAUUAACCCACUCAAAUAAAUUAAUAUGACAGCCAUAAGCUUAAAGAGGGAGCGCUCAAUACUGAUGAAAAUAAAACAACAAUUUUAACAUAUUAAGAAAAUAGGAGAAAAUUAUUGUAGUCUUUGAAUGAGGACUUGAUUGUGGGAUGAGUGACGAUUUAUUUAUUAUUAGAUUUUCUAUUCAUGAGAAUAUAUUGGUGUAGGUUGUAAGUCCUGUCAUAGAAUUGAUCUUGUCCAUCACAAGUGGUUUGAAAUUCUAAUUUUCAAAUGAGGUAUGACACAUGAAAUAGCCGUAAUUUUUAUAUUGUUAUGUUCCACCUAGAGGUUGCUCUUUGUUACUGCUUUUGGAAGAAGAGUUAGAUAUGGAAAUGUGUCUCUUGAUAGUUAUUGGGCUCAGAGGUCGGUUUAAUGUAAAAAAUAUCAACUAUUUGGUUUUUUUGAUCGUUUAUUUUUGUACUGAGUAUAUCAUUAUUGUUACAACUUGAUUCUCCAACGGUCCAGAGAGGAAGACAGACAAAGCCGUGGGCAGAACUUUCUGCCAGGUUGCCCAGUGCUAGAGUCUUGGAGUCACCAGGGGACAGACCAGGCUGCUUUAUUUUGUUGUUGUUGUUUUGUUUGUUUGUUUUUUUUUUCAUACAGAAGUGGGUAAAGUCGGAGGAAAGGUUGCGAGACCCCUCUUAGCUACUCCUUAGGUUACGGUGCGACCGUCUAAGAAUCAAUUUUAAUUAUUUCACAUCUGAUUGUAAUAUCAUGUUAACUUUAUGUAGAUACAUCGUGUGAUAAACGUUCGAGUGUGAGAGGAUUAACUGGUCAUCGGGAAUGUGUGAGUAUGGCGCAUAUAAUUAAGACACUUUGACAUCGCUAUUAGUUAUGCUUGGUCUGGGUGUAACCAGAGGGUUGGUAACAUGUUUGAAUGUGAAAACGAGUUCUUUUUGGUGAAGUUUUUAGCAGGUUCUAAAGGCUGCGCUGAGAACCUUCUUUUGGCUGAGUGUCACAUUUUUUUUUUUCGGUCAUAGGAGCGUUCAAGUAUUUAGUGCUUAAUUGUAGUUUGAAUUAUAAUUAAGACAAUAUUAAUGAGUUCGUUUGAAUUAAAAAAAGGUGUGCUUUAAGUGA